AUGGUGUGGGGAAACAUGUGUUUGUGUUCACCUGAGGCUGGGACCGCCCACACCUGCAUCCCCCGCAUGGAGACUCAACUGUGGAAUCUGGCUCGUCCCACAUCUGCUGUUAGUUCGUGCACCACCAACCGCAACGUCGCUCACGUAGUACGCAAGGAGAGCCGGCGGUACCGGCGUCCGGGAUCGGGGGGGGGGGGGGGGGGUUUACCUGGGUCCCUCCCCCUUCCUCACCAGCAUAAAGCAGCUCUGCCCGGCCCCCCCUGCACUCUCUCCUCCAGCAGAUCCUCCAUGUUCUCCACCAGUUACUCCGGCGGGGGCCGCCUGGCCCCCACGAGGGCCCCCAGCAUGUACGCCGGCGCCGGCGGCUCUGGAGUCCGCAUCUCCAGCAUCAGGGCCCCCAGGAGCUUUGCCGGGGCCGGGGUCGGGGCCGGGUUCUCCUCCGGGUUCGACCUGGCCGACGCCCUCGACGUCUCCGACAACCAGAGGGGGGCCCUGCAGGACCCGAACCCGCGCUUGGCCGACAACAAGAAGGGGGCCCUGCAGGGCCUGAACCAGCGCUUGGCCUCGUACCUGGAGAAGGUCCGGGACCUGGAGGGGGCCAACGCCGAGCUGGAGCAGAAGAUCCGGGAGUUCCUGGAGGGCAGGGCCCAGCCGGAGGGCAGGGACUACUCCACCUACAUGGCCCUGAUGGGGGACCUGCAGGACCAGCUCCUGGACGCCACCCGCACCAACGGGUCCCUGUACCUCGCCAUCGACAACGCCAAGCUGGCCUCCGACGAUUUCAGGGUCAAGUACGAGAACGAGCUGGCCAUGCGCCAGUCGGUGGAGGCCGACAUCUCCGGGCUGAAGAAGCUCCUGGACCAGCUGACGCUGAGCAGGUCCGACCUGGAGAUGCAGAUCGAGGCGAUGAGGGAGGAGCUGAUCCAGCUCAGGACGAACCACGAGGAGGACCUGCUGGCUCUGAGGUCAGAGGUCGGCGCGCAGGUGAACGUGGAGGUGGACGCCGCCCCCCAGCAGGACCUGUCCGCCAAAAUGGCCGAGAUCCGAGACCACUACGAGAACGUGGCCACCAAGAACCGCAAGGAUCUGGAGACCUGGUUCCAGGCCAAGUCCGACGACGUCAACAAACAAGUCGCCGUGGAAACCGACGGCCUCCAGGCGUCUCGCUCUGAGGUCACCGAGGUCAAACGUUCGCUGCAGAGUCUGGAGAUCGAGCUGCAGGCCCAGCUCAGCAUGAAAGCGUCUCUGGAAGGAACACUGGCCGACACCCAGAACCGGUACGGGUCCAUGCUGGGGGGGUACCAGGGGCAGGUGACGUCUCUGGAGGAGCAGCUGGUCCAGCUGAAGGCCGACCUGGACCGCCAGGGACUCGAGUACCGGGUCCUGCUGGACCUCAAGACCCGGCUAGAGAUGGAGAUCGCAGAGUACCGGAGGCUGCUGGACGGGGAGCUGGACGGCAGCUCGACUUCCAGCACCACGACUCGCAAGGUUCUGAUCGUCACCAAAGAGGUCGACGAGGACGGAGUCGUCACGUCCGAGACUCAGGAGCUCUCCUGAGGCACCGGACAUCCGGCUGCAGCUGACAGCACCAAUAAAAGUCUCCUGACCAACUGAUG